GCGGCUCCUGCUGCUGUCCGUCCGUGCUUGUUGCUGCACGCCUUGCUCGCUCGCUCUCUUUACGAUACGGCUACCAGGAACCAAAGGCAGCGCGCUUUAAAGCACCACCAUGACGAAGGAGGACAGGGCCAAGUCGCCCAAGAGGCGAAAGACAUCGAAGGAAAUCAAAAUCAAGGAGGGGGAGACCGACGCGGUGCCGUACGCGGUCCGGAUGAAGGCCGUCACAGUUAUCUCCAAGCCCAUGGCAGACGAGAAGAAGACGAAGAAGUUCUACAAACUAAUCAAGAAGGCGGCCAAGGAGAAGAUCUGCCGGAGAGGGGUGAAGGAGGUUUGCAAAGGGAUACGGCAAGGGAGGAAAGGCAUCUGCGUCAUCGCGGGAGACAUCUCCCCGAUCGACGUGAUUUCGCACAUGGCGUACUACUGCGAAGAGCAGGGGGUGGACUACAUUUACGUACCGUCCAAGGUGGACCUCGGCGCGGCAGCGAAGACGAAGCGCCCGACGUCGUGUGUGCUCAUCACGCCGCCUGGGGAGACGAAGGACAGUGUGUGGGACCCCGCCACGAAGGAGCUCUUCGCGGACCUGAAGGAAGUAUGUAUACAGGAGAUGGUACAAGUCCCCACAAAUAAGUGAGCGCAGAAAGGAGCAAGGUUGUGAGUGGAGAGGUAGCGGAGAGGGAAUGGUGUGAAGGUUACCAACGAUGGAGCCUGAAGGAAAGGCGAGGACAGCAGCGUUUUGUGGGAGUCGUGGGGAGGGGGUGCUGAUCUCCUCGUCUAUCUGGCGGGUAGCGGGAGUCAGCCAGCCGCGUGUGGCGACCUGCAACCUGUGUCCUUGACUGAUGUGGAAAAGAAGUACCUUCGUUGGCGUCGGGGUCUUGUUCUAGGGUAGCACGUGUUGAGCACUCGUUUCGGAUACAACAUGUUUUUUUCAAGGUCCGAACAAACCUCAAGAGCAUGAGUGCAAGAGCUUGGACAGGAAGGUACGCAAUCCGAACUGGCAUGGCGUAUUUGUACUCGGGGGCUGUAGCUGAUGCGCAGUGAGCACCACCACGCUCCGAGGAGAUGGCGUGUUAGUCGGAGCCAUGUUCUCAAGUUGUAGAGGGUAUAGUGGCCAAGCUUUCUUGGCGGGCCGCUUGCUGCUGCACGUGUAUGCUGUGGUUGCUUUAUCGACGGCGGUUCCCCCGCCCCUGGUGUUUUUUCGCAGCUGUUUUUUGGAUGGCGUGCAAUUUCAGGUUCUUCGACUUGAUGGCAUCCCUCGCAAGUAUUGCCGUUCACUUGAGGGGGGUACGAGCUCCCUACACGAAAGUUAUCUACCGUUGAUUUCGAAGUGUACGAUAAAUGUGUCUUGAACGCGCAAGAUUAAUAGACCGGGACACCCAGGGCUGUCUUUGCUCCCAUCUAUCUCGCCUUAUUCGCUACAAGUGGGAACUCGCUCAACGAUCAU